AUGAGUGCCGAUGAGAAGAAAUUAUUUUGUGAAAUACUAAAAGGGGUCAAGUUUUCUGAUGGUUAUGCAUCUAAUAUACGACACAACAUCCAUGUUAAUGAGAAAAAGAUAUUUGGGCUAAAGAGUCAUGAGUGCCACAUUAUUCUUCAACACUUGUUGCCCCUUGCUGUGAGAAAAAUAUUGCCUGAAAUGGUCAGUGCAAGAGUGAUUCGUAUAAGUAAUUUUUUCAAGAAGCUUUGCUCACCUGUCAUUCGAAGAAGUGAUAUGGACAGUCUAGAGGCUGAUAUAGCUGAAACCUUGAGCCUUCUUGAGGCUAUAUUCCCUCCAUCAUUUUUCGAUAUUAUGGUAGACUUGAUGGCUAAAUAUGAUAUUCAUGCUGAUGGUAUGUAUUGGGUCUUAAAUACUGCUGGAAAGAAAUGGAAGGAACUUAAGGCAAAUUUGAAGAAGCACUAUUUUGAUGAUAAAUUAAUAGAAGAGCAACUAAAGAAAAAGUAUGGUGAUAGAGUUAAUGAUAGUGAUUGGGAGUAUCUCAUAACUCAUUGGAUGUCUCCUGGCUUUGGAGUUCGCACGGAAAUUGCCAAAGCGAAUCAUGCUAAGUUGGCCAUACAUCAUACAUCAGGCACCAAGAACUUUGCUCGUUCUAGACAUGAAUUGGUAUAG